ACCUCCACUAUCGCCACCAGAACAAAUGGAAGAUAGGUCUAAUGAAAAGUUACCAUUUUUUCAGAAACCACCAUGGUCUGUGCGCUGCACAGUUGUUAUUCAUGCAAUCUGGGCCGUUGCCAUGUGCUGUAAUGGAUUUGCUUAUUUCUUACCAAUGGUUAUAUUACCGACACAUUUGGCAGAUCUUGGUUACAAAAAAAGGGACACCGUGUAUGUUAUAGCAGUAUUUGGAAUCAUGGGUGUGAUUGGACAGACGUUUGCCUCACUGGUUGGAGACCAUGUGAAGGGGAAUAUUAUGGUGGCCAACCUGGUAUUGGCUACAGUACUGGGUGUCAUUAAUAUCAUUGCUGCAUAUUCGACAUCUUUGACUGCUGCAUAUGUAUUUUGUGCUGUCUCGGGUUUUUGUAUUGGUUCAUACCUUGCCGGGUAUUAUGCUGUUAACUAUGAAAUCAUGGACGGAGAGAACAUCUAUACCCUGUUCAUGACAGCGCGUUUCAGCAAAGGUGUCGGAGGAACUGCAGGGCCUUUUUUGGCAGGAUAUAUCCGUGACGUCACGGGCAGCUACUUCGCAGUGUUCCUGACCAUUGCGUCAUGUUUUGGCGUGUUCGCUUUUGCAACAUCUUUGCUCAUAUUCACCAAUAAGUGGAGAAAUCUGAAAAGUCUUGAAAUGAUGAAGAACAACAAUUCAUCCAACUGAAUAUUUGGAAAUAACCUUCGUUUACCAUGCAUUACAACUUUAGUUUCAAAUGGCAACUCGGAUCGACCAUUAUUAUAUAACUUUGAUGUUCCCUCCAUGCAAUGUGUCCACACACAAGAUCUCGUAUUAAUUAACUGAGAAAUCCCAAACAACGUGGUAGUUCACCGUCAAACUAGAGUAAAGAAAGAUUUUAGUGUGAAGCUGUUUAAGGUUUUGCACUAUAGGUUAUUUUGAAGUCAAACUAAAUACUGGCCUUGUUGCUAUAGUUUACUGCCUUGCAAUGUGCCUCAUUGACAGUGUAUUAUGACCUCCUCUGGUUUAUCAUGUGGUGCCAUCUUCAGGUUUUCUC